UGGUCCAUUCACGCAAGUCGUCUUUACAGGCUUGCUGUUCUUCAGGGGUGAGAUCGGCGCGCCGGAGAGCGACAAAAAUAUCGACUUUUCUCAACAAACGGAUCGUCCGAAGUGCCUCUCGUGAUCGUCUAAGGCGACGAUGGGGGUCUCUGCGUUAGUCUGCGCUGUUUUACUGUGUGGAGGGCUGGUUUGUGCUCUCGGAGAUAAACACUCUCUGUACUACAUUUACACCGCCCUCAGCAAAGAUGUCGCGCUACCAGGGAUCUAUGAGUUCACAGCUCUGGGUCUGCUUGAUGACCGAGAGAUCGACUACUACAACAGUCAGGAACAGGUCAAGGUUCCUAAGCAGGACUGGAUGAAGGAGAAGCUGCAGCCAGAUUACUGGGACAAAGGCACCCAGUCUCGCAAGAGCAAAGAGCAGUGGUUCAAGGUCAAUGUGGAAAUCCUGAUGCAGCGAAUGAGACACAAUGAGACCAACCUUCACAUUCUUCAGUGGAGACAUGGCUGUGAGAUCGAGGAAGCAGAUGGAAAUCUCACAUUUCUGAGAGGCAUUGAUGAGUACAGCUAUGAUGGCGAUGAGUUCCUCUCUUUUGAUGAUGAGAACAUGCGGUGGAUCGCUUCAGUUGCACAAGCUUUGCCAACCAAAAGGAAAUGGGAUGAUGUGGCCAUCCUGAACCAGUACACCAAGGGUUACCUGGAGAAAGAAUGUGUGGACUGGCUCAGCAAAUUCAUGCAGUACGGAAAAGAAUCACUGAGAAAUCACUCCAAACCAGAGGUUCAUGCAUUUGCAAAGAAAUCUACAACUAAUUCGGACAAGCUGACCCUGACCUGCCUGGCCACGGGCUUCUACCCCAAAGACGUUACACUGCGUGUGAGGAAGUUCAGAACCUCACUGCCUGAACAUCUACUAACAUCUUCAGGAGUCAGACCCAAUGAUGAUGGAACCUACCAGCUGAGGAAGAGUGUGGAGAUCCAGGAGGACGAAACUGCAGAAUAUGACUGUUAUGUGAAUCACAGCACCCUCGAGGAACCGAUCAUUAAACAAUGGGACAAAAUGUGCUUUGACUGCCAGAGUUCAGGUUCAGGAGCGGUUGGACCAGUGAUUGGCGGAGUGGUGGGGCUUCUGCUUUCGCUUCUGUCUUCGGGUGGGAUCAUCUUCGCCCUUAUAAAGAAGGGCAUAAUUGCCAAUCCGUGUAGUGGAAAUGCGACACCUGCUCUGCAAGCCCCACCAAAUGGUGUUCCUGAAAAGCUCAUGCAAGCUGGUGUGGCCAGCGAUGGUGGGUCGAAAGACUCAGUGGUCACUCUGAUUGAGGAGCAGACAGCGCUGACAGCUGAAGCUUACACUCAAAUUAUCGGAACUCCAGAACAGAGGAAGUGAAUUAUACUGGAACUGAACUCCACAUUGUUCAGAAUUCCACACCAGACUUUUACAGCACAGACUCUUUUCUGUUCUUUUAUCAAGUCAGGACUUUUACAUCACUGUUGCGGUAAAGCUGCACUAUGUAAGAUUUGGGUAUUUGGGUAGAAAUAGGUUUAUAGUUAGACAGGGACCCCAAGGACCUUUGUGAUGUCCAGUUACAUGGAGCCUGAACAACAGACAGUGUUAGAACAUUGCUGAUUGGACACCGUUGGCACUAUGAGUUACAACUAGGGCUGGACAAUAACUCAAUAUCAAUAUAUAUCGCGAUAGAAAAUAUUUCAAUAACGGUGAUAUGAUUUUUAGGCACAUUUCCAAUAUUUCGAUAAAUAUUAUUUACAACAUCUGCGCUGACGUUCAUUACAGGGCGCUGCCACCAGUUCAUUACAUUCAUUGAUGUAUUCAUUACAUUGAUGGAUUCAUUACAUUGAUGACGUACACCACAGGCACGCAGCCACUGCUCAGCAAUAGCAGGCUAGGCUAGGUUCGGUUCGGUUCCAACGCGGCACGUUCUAGCUGUAAAAUGAGUACCGCUGACCGCAAUACAAAUGUGACUGAACGAGCUUCGACGAGUGAUAAUAAAGCAGACGAAAUAGUUGAUAAGAGAGGAAAGACAAAUUCAGUGGUGUGGAAGUGGUUCGGCUAUCGAAGAUCUGAUAAACUUCAGGUUUCAGUAGCAGUGGGAACACAUCAAAGUAGUUCCACUCGACAGAAUAUUCUGAGAGUGUGAAGAUGAGGCACCAUAAAAGUUUAAGCCAACCUGUCCCUGAGACAUCACCAGCACCCCCACCAUCACCAGCAGGUGUGUUAAGCAAAGGGAACCCCACGCAGCAAACACGGAUAGCUGCGUUCACAUGCCAUAUGACAAACAGGCCAAGCGUCAUAAAGACAUCACUAAAGCUGUAACAAACUUCUUGGCUAAGGACAUGAUGCCGUUUACUACAGUGGAGAAUGCAGGCUUCAGGAAAUUGAUUUCUGUCAUCGACCCCAGAUACGAACUCCCUGGCCGCCGGUAUUUUUCACGCACAGCUAUACCCAAGCUUUAUGGUGAAGUUAGGGAAAGGGUGGAGGAGCAGCUGAAGUCAGCGUCGUAUUUUGCGACCACAGCUUACCUGUGGUCAAGCCGAACCUCCGAACCUUACAUGUGUUUUUAUUGUUGCCUGCUCAUUUUUCUGUAUUCCCUAGAAACUCUGAGCACUUUUCAUAUUCCUUAUCUUGGAUGAAGUACAUUUGUUUCAUUAUAUGUACAUAAGAAUAAGAUAAUCAGCCCAUGUUGUAGUUUGAAGAUAUUAAUAUUGACAAAGCCAAGAAGUUUAUGUUUAUUUGAAGGCAAUGUCAUGUUUCUUGUUCGGCUGAAUACAAAUAAAAGGUGAAGUACCAUUUGUAUUUCUAAAAGCUUACAUGGGAGGAGGGUUCAUAGACUUGGCAAAUUAAUUUUUCAGAAGUUUGGAGGUACAGACAUUCACUGUGGAUGUUCUUGGCAGUUUUCUGUGGUUUUAUGUAGUUCAUAUCGAUAUCGGAAUUAUAUCGUAUCGACCAAAAUUAAGAAAUAUAUCGUGAUAUAAAUUUUUGUCAUAUCGUCCAGCCCUAGUUACAACUAACCAUAUGAACGCACAAGCAUAAGCUGAGGCCUCUGUAUGACGCAAGCCCUAAGGCCUUAUGCGCACCAUAGGACUGAACCCCAUAGGUCAUGAUGUACUCCUGAACCCUAGCAGAGUACUGAUCAGGAGUGACACUAGGAUCUAACAAGUAUAAUGAUUGAUUUUGAGAUCAUUUGAGGCCUAAACAUCAAGUCAGACCUUUUUUUUGAGCCUGUGCGUGUGACAUUAUGUUAAAAUGUUAAAAUGUAAAGAUGUACAAUGUGGCGUUUUGUUCUCACUCAAUAACGAUGCUUAUUUCAGUUUCAACAAAAACAACCUACAUAGUGCAGCUUAAACAGAAAUCAUCCAAAAUAAAAAUUCCAUUUCAGUGCUCUUAAUGAUAAACAUUCGGGUCAAGUGUCAAGGAACAGCUGAAUAUUUCAUUCUUCUAACAUAGUCCAGUGGAUCGUCACUUAAGCAAAAGCUCAACAAAGAUGGAAACGCUUUGAUUUCUGAAUAGAAAAGGAUCAAUACAUUGUUGUAAUGAAGGAUGCAUUUAUUAAGGCAGAUGGUUAUGUCUAUUUUCUUCUGAUAAGUUUUUUUAGCAUAAGUUCACCAAGCCAAAGAUUUACACACAGAAAAUUAUUGCUUCCAUUCAAGCUUCAUAUGAAUCCCUUAUGACCACUCAGCAAAUCGCAUUGAUUUUAAAAGCUCAUAUCUGUAGGCUGUUAUGCAGACAUGCUUUCUGUUAUAUUUAAGCUUUUAAUUGAUUUCUAUUUAGCAUCUGUUUAAUCCUGAAUAGAUUUUAUUCAGAGUAAAGCUUCAGUGUUUACUUGUUAUAUAAAGUCACAAGUGCACUUAAGUAUAAAACAUAUUCUGAUCAUAUAUUGUGUUUAACGUAAGAGUGUAAAGGGCUUAUACAUGUAACUAUACUCAAACAUUAAAUGGUCUGUGUUCAGUAUGAACAGAGAGACUGUCUCUAUAGCAACAGUCUUGUGUUUAACACCACUGUACGGUGCAGGAACCUGUUAGCUAGAACUCUUAAAAGAGCAGAUUAAAAUAGUAAACACUCUCUAUAUUGAGUGAUGUUAGCCGUCCACUUCAUAAAGAAUCUGAGUCUCUCAUCUGGAUGACCUUUUAGACCAACAGCAGAAAAAAAAAUCACCUCUGUAGAA